AUGCUCUUAUACGCUCCCCAAGCCGCUCGUCUCCUUCUGCCCAGCUCGGAGAUUCAGCUGAAGACUGAUGCAUCCACAUGUUUCGUCGAAUUCGGUCAGCAUUCGUUCCGCUUGGCUGAUGCUAAGUGUUAUCAGCAAAGCGCAAAUGGUGUAGCUGCCGACCCUCAACCUUCGCUACCAUGUCGUCCCAUUCCAACUUUCGCAUUGCGUUCUCGAGAGUAG